AUGAUACUGUUACGGGGAAGCUCAACGGUGCCAGAAAGAUUGUCUGUCCUCUCCAGCAAGGCCAUGGCCCAGGUAAAAGCCCUGACUGGCCCAGAGGUGGUUAGUGGUGGCCAGGCCCAGAGGACAGCCUCUGGGUUGGCUGAGCAUCAUCUGGCAGCUGUAAAUGUAUCAUUAGGUGGCUUGUUGUACCCUGUGGUAGUUGGUAACCUGCAGCCUGUGGACAUUGCCUCCCUGUGCUCCAAAAGCUCAAGUUCAGAAGUGCUGCAGGUCCCAGGGGUGCUCUGUGAGGCUGGCAAACCCCCACAGGCUGGGACGGACCAAAAGGACUGCUACACACAGCAGGCAGGGAGUGGCACCAAUGGCAAUACUGCCUCUUGUAGUCUGGGCCAUGUGAUUUGGAUGAAGACCACAACAGUAAUGGAGACCUUAGAAAAUAAGAAACAAGAGGAAAAGGAGAAGUACCGCCUCCAGCUAGCUAUGUACCGACGGCUUCUGUUGUUGCGCUCCAUCAGGAGUUUGCAUAGGCAGCUGGAGCAACAGCAGGCCAGGUUGCAGGAAUGCUAUGGCAUGGUAAUAAAUACCAAGAAAGAAGUGUUGAAACACAUUUGCUCAGCCUCGCCCUCACCUUCGCCGUAA